UCCGCCGGGGAUAGUUGUUUGGCGUCGCUAGCGUCGGCUGAUAUGUUCUGUUCCAUCUGAAUUGUAAAGUUGACAACAUAUGAUCGCAGGAAAUAUUUUUUAAGGUUUACUCUUCUGUUUAACUGUUUCUCUUUGAGAGAGACUGCAGAGAAACAUUCAGUUUAGGAUGGAUCCAGCUCUGCUGAGAGAGCGAGAGCUCUUUAAAAAGAGAGCACUGUCCACUCCUGCAGUAGAGAAGAGACCAGCACCAUCUGAAGCCUCUGGCUCUUCCAAGAAGAAAAAGAGCAAACCAGACAAAGAUACAUCAUCCUCCAAAAAUAACACAGAUUCCAGCAAUGGCUCCUUCAAUCUUAAAGCUUUGUCUGGGAGUUCAGGAUACAAGUUUGGUGUUCUGGCCAGAAUUGUCAACUACAUGAAGACGAGGCACCAGAGGGGCGAUACUUACCAUCUGACUCUAGAGGAAAUUCUGGAUGAGACCAAACUGCUGGACAUCGGCAUGAAGCAGAAGCAGUGGCUUAUGAGUGAGGCAUUAGCGAGCAAUCCUAAAAUAGAUGUACGGGAAGGGAAGUAUGCCUUUAAACCCAAAUAUCACCUGAAGGAUAAGAAAGCUUUGCUAAGACUGCUGGACAAGCACGAUCAUCUGGGUCUCGGAGGAGUAUUACUGGAUGAUGUUGAAGAGGGUCUGCCUAAUGCAGCCAAGGCUAUUAAGGCUCUUGAUGAUCAGAUUAUAUUUGUGACCAGGCCGGACAAGAAGAAGAUCCUGUUCUAUAAUGACAAACACUGUCAGUUUACUGUUGAUGAAGAGUUCCAGAAGCUGUGGCGCAGCGUCCCUGUGGAUUCCGUAGAUGAGGAAAAGAUCGAAGAGUACCUGAAGAGACAGGGUAUAUCAUCCAUGCAGGAGACUGGACCAAAGAAAAUGACGCCCAUUCAAAAGAGGAAGAAACCAGGAACACAAAGGAAGAGACGGUUCAAGACCCAUAAUGAUCAUCUUAACGGAGUGCUGGAGGAUUAUUCUGAGGGUGUUCCCAACAAAAAAUGAAAGCAACUGUAAAGACUCAAAAAGACAAGAUUGGAAAUCUGUGUAAUGUUUGUAUAUCUGAACUAACGUAUUUGCCAAAACCACACAGACAUACAGGCACACACAUACACACACACACACACACACACACACACACACACACACACACACACACACACAGAGCUUAGAACUGUACUGUAAGGGCAUAUCUGAACAGACUGUAUAUAUUUCUUUUCAUUCUUAUACAUUUUACUCAUUUUGCUAUAAGGCUAUAAAAAUUUAAUUGAAAUGAAGAUCUCCUUUUGUUAGAUUUAAAAUUAAACAAGAGAAGUUAAACCACAUCAAGGGUCUAUUUUAAGUUAAGUUAUUCAUGGAAUUUAUACAUUAAUGUCACCUCUCCACUUUACACAACAAAUGACAGCUGAUAAACCAGAAGUCAUUAAUUUCCUUUAAAAUCGCAAAAGGGCUGAGUUGGGUUGUUGCGAUUAUAAGCAGAUGCAAGCUUUAGAUGUGUUAAAAGUUUUAACUUAAGCGACUACACCACAUGUGACUGACCUGACCAGAAGUGAUGCAUUUCAAUCAAAACGCUUUGUUCAAUUAAUACAUUUUUCAUUUAAUAAUUGUUAUUAUUGUCUCCAUGUUCUCUCAAAAAAUAUAUUUUUUGUCUUCUCAUA